AUGUACAUUCUGUAUCACUGGACGUUUCAUGGGCCACGCCUCAAUCCCAACUUGCAUUGCGCCUCCUUCCACAUGACAAACUCCCUUUGUGUGAUGAUUCGCCGAAAGCUGGGCAUUAUUUCGCAUCAUCUGCAAAUGACCAUCGAGAAAAGCUCCAUCGCCGACCUCGUCGCUAGAUAUGGCUCGUCCAGUGCAACUGCCUGGCUCGAGUUCGACCGGUACAAACUCUGGCAGCCCUCCAAAGCUGCGUCUCAAUCCUCCUUCACGCCCGUACAAGGAUACAUGGAGAAAGGCCCAUACAUUUUCGCGUGGGGAAACCCGCUCGUCUCUGAUCCUGCCGCGCUCCCCAGCGUCGCCCGCCAGUUCAUUGACUUCUGCGAAUCCAGAGGCAAACGUCCAGUAUGGUCGUGCGUGGACCGCGAGCUUGAGAAAAUCCUGGGUGGAGACGAGUUCGGCUGGAGCACCGUCUCAUGCAUCUAUGAAGACGUCAUUGACCCCGCACACGUCUUGGAACUGACCUCACCUGAGGCGAAGGGUCAGGAAGGACAGAAAGUUGUCAAGGAUUUGAAGAAAAAUCUGCACUGGGCGGACAAGUACGCCGUGAAGGUCUCGGAGGUCAAAGGAAGUCAAUGGACAGAUGACGAUAAGAUCGCAAUCGAGCAGGGCAUCAGAGAAUGGAAGUCCACCAAAGGCGGCGUGCAGAUCGCCUCGACAACACUGCAGCCUUGGCUAGACUCCGAGCAUAGAAGAUACUGGUCUGUCGGUGUCCUCGUCCUUACGCCCAUUCAAGCAUCAUCCUGGCAGAUAAAAAAUGCCGUCUCCUUCCCCUCCGCGCCAAAGGGUACCUCAGAAGCUCUCAUCUACACUGCGUUGAAAGAUCUCCACGACGAACAAGAGCGAGCAGUAGUAGCAGGUCAGAAGAUUCCUAACCCUGCAAACGGCAAUUACCACGGAGAGAAGGUGGAGCCUUGCCUCAAUCAACGACCAUCCCCCGAGUCGACGGGCUCUACCACGACGAGCACAAAAAGCAGCGUCAGCAUCAGCAGUGCGAAUUCCAUACCCAUGAGAAACGGUGCGGAAACCCCAGAUCCCGCGAGUGCCAGUGCGAUGGCGAACGGGAUUUCUAAUGGGCGACCGGAGGAGACCACAAGAAAUAGCGUCCCGCGGCAAACACAUCAUCGCGAUGCGGAUCAGGUCACGGUAACAUUCGGGAUAAGCGCGGCCCCAGGUCUUGAGCCUAUCCACAACCUAGGAGGAUGGAAAGUUAGCGCACUAAGCAAAACGUACGGCAAGGUCGCCAAAGGGGCGAAGCUGAUCCAAAGAGGAGAAUUCAGAAGCAAAUUUGACACCGCUCCCGAUCCUAUGUACGUCUGCUACCCUCCAAACGGAUUCGGGUUGGAAGGCGUCAAUGCCUUAUUGAAGGUUUUGAAGAAGUAG